CCCUCUCUCUCCGGUAACAUCUCUCCGGCGACUUCAUUUGCCGCCAAAUUUCUCCGAAAUUCAAAUCGAUAUCGAGAAAUGGCGAAAGGAAGCAACAACAAGCUCACGAAGCUGAAAUCAGUCCUCAAGAAGCUAAACUCCUUCAACACCUCCAAGAACCACCAGCAUCCACCGGCGAGCCACGGCGGCCGCUCCUCCUCCAUGAGAACAAUCCAAGACGACUUAUUCUCCGGCGGGGGUGACCUCCAUGCCGUGUACGUGGGGAGGACGCGCCGCCGAUACCUCGUCAGCUCCGCCGUCGUGAGUCACCCUCUCUUCCGGCAGCUCGCGGAUCUCUCGGGCGGAGAAAACGACGGCGGCGACAUAACCGUUUCGUGCGAGGUCGUCUUGUUCGAGCAUUUGCUUUGGAUGCUCGAGAACGCCGACGAGUCACACCCCGAGUCGCUCCAUGAACUCGUCGAGUUCUACGCCUGUUAAUUAAUAUACAUAUAUAUAUACACACACUGUAUAUUUAUUGAAUUUAGGUGCGGUACACACAAUUACCUACAAUGCUUUGUUUGUAUAUUUUUACUGUUUU